AUGAAUCCUUCCACCGUCAGUCAUGCUGCACCAACAAUGGCCAACACUGAAGAAAACGAAACAGAAAGAACAGAGAUGAGCAGGGAGCCAAACAGCACACCCCCGAGGUCCACUGAUGGCAUUACUUUAUCUUCAAGUGCAACUGGAGUAUCUAAAGAUGGAAUAAACUCUGCCACAACCUUCAACAGUAUCCCAGUACCUUUAGCGACAUUUACAACAGGUGACUUUCCUCGACUGACCAGAAGUGCUGCAGCUACUUCUAUAUCCACAGAGACAUCAAGUAACUCCACAGUCACCUACAGCACCCCUUCAGCUGUGGUGCUCCCCAGUGAUAACUCUUCAAUCAACCCCACCACGUUGUUCACCACCAGCAUCGCUCUGACAUCACCCAUGGUGAAGCAGGACAGUACCACAAAGAACUUCAGCCCCAUUCAGCAGACAACUGAGCUGAACCAUAAUUUCAGCAACCCUUCUACUGCAUCACCUGAUUCAAAAGAUGCCGAAGAAGACAAAACCAACAACGGAGGAAUAAUAGUUGUUGUCAUUGUAGGAGCCAUUUUGGUACCCAUAUUAAUUGGUCUGAUUGGAUAUUUUAUAUGUGGUAAGAAGAGGUCUGAAUCGUUUUCCCACAGACGGCUUUAUGAUACAAGAAAUGACCCAGUUCUCCACUUAGACAACUCACUUGGACCAUAUGAUACAAGUUUUGGAUGUGUGUCAGAUGAGAGAAGCAGCACAGCAGACAAGGCAGUGGAAGACAACACAGGCUGCCCAUCUGAUGGUAUUCCUGUGGCUGACAUGACACCAUCCCACUCUUCACUCUAA